AGCAACAUUCGUACAAAGUAUCAUGGGCGACCGUGACGGUGGCGGUGGAGGUGACUUGGCUCGAAAGACUCGCCCGCAAGCUGCAAAGCUUAAUUAAGAGCAAUGCUAAUGCAGUAUUAGGGCAGUCCCUACGGACAAUAUUAACACAGAGAGGCCUGUCAAUAUGUCAAAAACACAGAUGAGAUCGACGGCUGAGAGUCAGUCGGGGGCCACAGCCAAGACACCCAAAAACCUGGGGCAACGCUAAAACCCUUACAGCGAGAGAGCAUAGUAACUCAUUAAAUUAAGCAGCCGACUGUCCACUAAACCCGCUUCGCCCGCUCCAGGCCAAGGAAAGAUGGCUGGCGUCCAGCUCGGGGCUUGAUGCUGCGGGCACCGUAAUUACCGGGACACCCUCCCCGCUCGCCGAUGAAAGGCGCUAGCGAGCUGCAAGUCUACAAUCAAUGCAUUAGCCCAGCCCGCGGUAGAAUAAACAUUUGAUGGGCAGCCGCGGGUUGACAGAAAAUGAAUACGAUCGGCCUUGUGACGCAAGAGCCGCGCUGAAUGGACGGUGAUGUUGCAUGCAACGUUAAUGUUGGUGAUGAUCGGCCACUGUCGGCUUCUGGAAGCCACCGCAUCUGGGAUUCCGUCGGCAAAGCACGGAGGCAGCUAAUGUACAGCUGCAGUAGAUGAUGCAGGAGGGAGGCAGCACCCAGACGGACGAAUAGGUGCGCGGUGCUGCAACACACUGUCUUGGAUGACUUAUUGGCUGAUCUUCUUCCUCAACAGCUGCAAAGUAUUGAAUGCAGUGCAUGGCAAUAUCGCCAACUGCAAUAGCACCUAGAAUCGAGGACAAUCUCGCGGCUGUUUGUGUCGGCAGUUGAUCGAGAUGGCCGCAGCCUGAUGACACACACUACCCCGCGUGGGUGAAGUCAGACUCUUCGAUUAGCAUAACUCUACCAACAUAACAAAAUUGAAUCAUGUCUGAAAAACCUACCAUUGUCAUCUUUUCGGGCGCUUUUCACCAAGCGUCAUGCAUGGACAUAUUCAUCAAGCAUCUCCGCGCUGCGGGAUUCCCUGCUGAAGCGCAUGCGCUCAAGACGGUGGGCAAUGCUAGCGCUGGGAUAGACGACGAUGUAGCGUAUAUGAAGUCGGUUCUGAAGCCUCACUUUGACGCUGGCAAGGAUGUAGUCUUCAUUCCUCACUCCUUUGCCGGCUUCCCUACCACUGUGGCCAUCUCAGGUCUCGACAAGCGCAGCCGCGAGGCGAAUGGUAAAAAGGGCGGCGUCCUGGGAGUGAUUUACAUGGCUGCAUUCAUUCCUACUGUCGAUGAAACACUCUACCAGGCUAUCCAUGGCUGGCAAUCCUGGCAUAUUCCAAAGGACGAUGAAGGGCUCCUCUAUACCUGUGACCAUGUCGAGACCUUCUAUGCAGAUUGUGACCCUGCUAUUGCGGAAGAAAUGAUCUCCACGCUGCAGCCACACUCGCUCAAAGCAUUGAAUACGACAGUAGACGUGCUGGGCUGGAAGGAGUAUGAAGGCCGCCGCGGAUACAUUCGCUGCUUACAGGAUCAAGCCAUCCCGCUGGUUGGGCAGGAUCUUCUUCUCAGAAGAUCAGGCGUAUGGGACAUCAAGACAAUGGAUGCAUCCCACAGCCCGUUCCUGUCACAACCAGAACAACUCACAAAGAAUGUAGAAGAUAUUAUUGCAGCUUUUGAGAAGAGCUAGAGCCGGCUGCGCGUCUCAUCUGAGCAUGUAUUUAUACACUAGCUUAUUCACAUCUAUAUACAUACAGCACACCUUUUCUGAG